AUGACGAGUAACAAAGAUGAUUUAACACCAAUAAUUGAAAAAAUAUGUACGAUAAGUACAAUUGGUUUAUUUUUAACUGGAGUACAAAUAUGUAAUCGAAUCUAUCGUAUGCGUACAACAGGUGAUAUCUCAGGUUUUCCAUUUGUUGCAACAAUGGUUAAUUGUACUCUAUGGUUUUUAUAUGGUUAUUCAGCAAAUAAUUCAACAAUUAUGAUUGUUAAUUUUAUUGGAGCAUCAUUAGAAUUCGUAUAUGCAUUAUUUUAUCUUCAAUAUACACCCGAUCGAAAUUCAUAUUUACGUUUAAUUGGAAUGGCACUUGCAUUUCUUGCAACAGUUUCAUUUUAUUUAUUAUAUAUUGUAUCUGAUCGUAGUACGGCUAUUCUUCAUGCUGGCCUUGUUGCAUCCGUUGUUACCGUGAUUAUGUAUGGUUCACCAUUAGUUUCACUCCAAGAAGUUAUACAAAAGCAAAGUACUGAAUCACUUUCAUUACCAUUAUGCUUUGCAAAUCUUGUUGUACCAGCUGAAUGGGUUCUGUAUGGUAUUUUAAUUAGUGAUAAAUUUGUUCAAGUUCCAAAUUUUCUUGGUGCUAUAUUGGGUUUUAUUCAAGUAUCUCUUUUUUUUAAAUAUCCACGUAAUUCUGGCCUUCUUCCAAAGGCAACAAAUCUUGGAGCAGUUUAA